CGUCAUUAGAAUUACAUCACUAUGAAACUAUGCACUCCAUGCGUAAACCUAUUAGCUAAACCAAGGAUUCCGGAUUUUCCAUCGCGUCGAGAUCCUUUUCUUCCUCGUUGCACACCUGCAAAAGGUCACCGUCCGCAGGCUUCCUUCUGCGACCGAAUCUUAGCCACCAUAUAGCGUGACUCAUGAAAAUCCCAACCUCUAAACACGCGCAAAUCGAAUAUAAUAUACAGCCCAUGACAUCAAUGUCUCCGAUAGCCAACGAGGCGAGGGAAAACACUGCUCCGCUAAGAUCGGUAGCCAGAAAAAUGAAGUUUAUUCCAACGACUCGUCCUUGACGCUUUGAAAGCUCGUAGUAAGGUGGCAGCAAUCCGACAGCUAAAAGCACGGAGCCGAUGAUUCCAAAAAUUAGUAGCGGCCAUUUCACUCCUUUGGAGUACUCCAUGCGCAGGGGGAUGAUGAAGCCCACCUCGAGCACAACCCAGAGAAAUACAAAUAGACCGCCGCGCAAAAUAAUGUCUUUCUUGGGCCUGCUCACUGGAGGAUAGUAGAGCACCUGUAAGUAAACGAUGAGGCAAAAGAAGCCAAACAAAUGAGGUUGAAGUUGGAUGGGAAUUGUGCUGUUUUCAGAAACAAAGUAGAUGGCAAAAAAAGGAGCGCACAGACACCAAAGCAAAACCAUCCACUGGUUGAGUCCCUCAGUGUCUUUGCGUCUAUAAUUGUGAAUAAUUUGGGGUAUCAUUUGCACACACCAUAGAAUGGUGCCUAUAGUGGCCAAAACGUUGGCAGUUGCGGAGGACAUUUGAAUGGAUUGUAAAAUGGCUCCACAAAGGCGCCAUACUUGCUUUAUAUAGCGCCUAACCCGAGGACCGUAGUGCCCUCGGAAGUCUCGAACCAGCACUGCCAGUAAAAAAAAAAAUUUGCGAUCGUUUUGUUAUUGUUCGAACAAUACUGUCCCUCUGGAAUUUUUAGCGUCAGCCUUCUCCAUUGGGAAAGCCUUUCCGCGGGCCGAUCGACGUCAAAACUUGCUCGUUCGACGCGUCGUUGCUUCCCCAGGUUUUUCCAAUCAGCCGAAGCGAUCUUUUCCAUCACCAACAUGCUCAAGUUCUUCUCUCAGUAUUCCACCUGUGACGUUUCCGAUGCUCUUUUGAGGUUUGGUGUCUCUAAUGGCGGAUUCUUUCCUAAUCUGACUCAAUUCAGCAGUAACGGAAUCACAAUGGCAGGCAAGGCCUACACUGUUCUUUUUGCUGCCCGGAAUGACCCAAAUUACGAGGAGAUUAAAGGCGGAUAUAUCGACAACUUGCCUGAGGAUGCAGUCUUGGUAAUUGGCUUGACUCCUGAGCUCCAGAAGCUUGAUGCUCCUUACGUCAAGAUCAACAACGCUCUUUACGGUGGCCUCAUGUCCACACGUGCCAACUAUCUGAAGAGCCCAGGUACUGUAGUUUUCGGUCGGAUCAGGGAUCUGAAAGAGCACCAAGACCUGCAGAGGAAUGUUUUUGCUUAUGGUCUGGGCACUGCAGCACACGCCCCGGUGGUUAAACUUGCCGGAAUCAACGUGCCUCUCAAAAUCACCUUAGAUUCUCAUCCGGAGCCUUAUCAGGAAACUAUAAACCCUGGUGAUUAUAUAAUCGGGGAUGAAAACGGGGUGGUUAGAGUUGAAGGAUCGGGCGACCUGGCCCAAAAAUGCAUGGAGUACAUUCCGAAGCGCGUUGCUGCCGAUCAAUUAGUGGCUCAAGACAUCCAGAGCGGCGCCAAGUGCAACGAGGCUCAAAAGCGCAGAAGAGCCGGUCUGUGAGUAGCUUAUAUAGCUGGUGCACGGAUGUUUUGAUUUAUGGCUGGCAUACAAAAAUAUAGAAAAAAAAUAUUUCCUAUUUACCUCAAUUCCAUGGUUGU